AGGUUGUAGGUGGUGAUAGUGGAGUGUUUGUGGUGUAAACAGAGUUAUUAUUGAACCGGACAGAAGACGUGUGUGUGUGUGUGUGUGUGUGUGUGUGUGUGUUGAGCUGUAAUACAGUACAGACACACAGUAUAACACAGUGAUGCCGUCCCCGGACCCACACCUGCUCCUGGGCAGAAUCCGCUUCAUCAGCAGCUGUAUUGAGGCGUUCAGGACAAGUCGGUGUUUACCGGACAGUCUGUGCUUCGUGCCCCAGGAAGUGUGUUAUAAAAUCUGUAGAGACUCUUCAUCAUCCAGCUCGGCGCCCUGCUCUUCCUCCUCAUCCUCCUCCUCAGGGCCAUCAGGGGGAACUGCUGUGAUCCCGGUGUGGGAAAGUCCACAUCAGCCUCCUAACAAGAAGUCGUGUAAAUUCACCAUGGAGCCGAAGAAAGGGGCCUGUAUCAGGACCUCAGGGGAGGAAUAUUACAACAACCACGGGCUGUGGGUCAAGAUCACUAAGGAGCAGAUGGAACAGUACCGCAGUGGUGUGGAUUUGGAUGAAGGCUGGAUUUUGGCUUGUAAACACACAGAAGGUGGAACUCGACUUGUUCCUGUUGAACAUCCUGAUUCAGCGAGCAGGCAGCAGCAGCUGUUCGGCUUCAACCACAAACCCUAUAACAGGUGGGAGGAGGUGGUGGAUGCAGAAAACUGUUUCUAUCUUGGAGCUCAACCCAAAAUCGCAGAACGAGAUGAAGCUGCAAUGCAGAAACUCAGGUACAUUCCUCCCACCUGGACAUUUGAGUGUGAUGAAGAUCUGGUUCAUUAUUUUUAUGACCAUGUUGGGAAAGAGGAUGAAAACCUGGGCAGCGUCAAACAGUGUGUGAACAACAUUGACGUCUCCUCCUGCUCGAAGGACCCGAGUGGAGGUGCUGCAUGUCUGACUGACGGGGACUCAGAGACGUACUGGGAGAGUGACGGCAUGCAGGGACAACACUGGAUACGCUUACAAAUGAAGAGAGGAACUGUAGUCAGUAAGUUGAUGUUGAGAGUGGAUUCAACAGAUGACACAUACAUGCCCAAACACGUGACCGUGUACGGAGGAGAAGGAGACAAUCUGAAGAAAUACAAUGACAUCACUAUUGAAGAUAAUCUGAUCGGUGAGGUGUGUGUGUUAGAGGACAUGAGCACACACUUACCCAUCAUUGAGAUCCGGAUUGAGGAGUGUCGAGACGGUGGGAUCGAUGUGAGGAUCAGAGGGCUGAAGAUUAAAUCCUCCUGUGAGCGAGAUUUGGGUCUGAACGCAGAUGUGUUCAAAUCACCAAACCUAGUGCGCUACCCGCGACUGGAGGGAACACCGCCUGACAUCCUGUACCGCCGCAUGCUCGUCAUCCUGAGGUUUAUCACUGUACUGGACAGUCUGCUGCCUCACCUGGUACCUGCAUGGGACUACAGUCUUGGUACCUUUAACCAGAUUAAAAAUAUAAAGCAGUUCCUGUUACUGUCAAAGCGUCGCUCAGCUCUCAUCAUUCAGUGUCUGAAGGAUUCAGAGUCCAGUAAACCCAGCUUCAUGCCCCGCCUCUACAUCAACCGCCGCCUGGCCAUGGAGCACCGGGACAACCCGAGUCUCGACCCCGGCUGCAAACAUGCUGUCUUUACUCAGGUGUACGAGGGUUUGAAGCCGUCGGAUAAAUAUGAGAAAACUCUGGAUUACAGAUGGCCUGCACGUCAUGAUCAAUGGUGGGAAUGCAAAUUCAUCGCAGAGGGAAUCAUCGAUCAGGGUGGAGGUUUUCGGGACAGUCUGGCCGACAUGUCUGAGGAACUCUGUCCCAGUUCAUCUGAGUGUUUAAUUCCACUACCGUUCUUCACCAGAACCUCCAACCAGGGAGCAGGAGAGGCGAGAGAUUUUUACGUGCCGAAUCCUUCGUGUCGAGAUUUCCAGAAGUUUGAGUGGAUCGGGCAGCUGAUGGGCGCAGCACUGCGGGGGAAAGACUUCCUGGUCCUGGCUCUUCCUGGUCUGGUGUGGAAGCAGCUCAUUGGAGAAACCAUCAGCUGGAGUGAAGAUUUCCCUGCAGUCGACUCUGUACUGGUGAAGUUGUUAGACGCCAUGGAGCACAUGGACAAAGCCACAUUUGAGUUUAAGUUUGGUCAGGAGCUGGUGUACAGCACACCGCUGAGCGAUGGUCGCCUCGUCGAGCUCAUACCUGGAGGAAGCUCUGUAGUGGUUCACUAUGAAGAGCGCAUGGAGUUCAUACACCUGGUGCAGAAAGCCCGGCUCGAGGAGAGUCGAGAACAGAUAACAGCCAUGCAGGCAGGUCUAAUGAAGGUGGUUCCUCAGGCUGUGUUGGAUCUUCUGACAUGGCAGGAAGUGGAGAAGAAAGUGUGUGGAGAUCCAGAGAUCUCUGUGGAAGCCCUUAAACGCCUGACUCGUUAUGAGGAUCUGGAACAGAAUGAUGUCAGAGUGCAGCACCUGUGGGAGGCGCUGACCAACUUCACUAAUGAGGACCGCAGCAGAUUCCUGAGGUUUGUGACCGGCCGAAGUCGUCUUCCUGCACCCAUCUACAUCUUCCCUGAUAAACAAGGAUCUGAAACCACAGAUGCUCUCCCUCAGUCCUCUACGUGUUCCAGCACACUUUAUUUACCAAAAUACCCGAGUGCCAAGGUGUGUGAGGAGAAACUUCGCUAUGCUGCGUAUAACUGUGUGGCCAUCGACACAGACAUGAGUCCAUGGGAAGAGUGACUGAUACACACCACAUUCUUCAUCAGAAUCUGUAACACACAGCUGGACACAGCUGGACACACCUGGACACACCUGGACGCAGCUGGACACAGCUCAACUGCCCCAUAUAAACAAAAUAAAACCCAUUAAAAAUGAUUGCAGUUUAUUCUGCAGUGAUGCACAGUGAUCUCACGUGUCCUCUUACCUUUGUUUCAGUUUUCUUUUCACUAAAUCUGUCAGAAAUCAAAGUUUUUUGGGAUUCUCCAUAGUGAUUUGCCAUUCUUUGUCACCAUGACAACAUAUAACAUUUUAACGUUCUCUGAGUUUAAUAUCAAUCUGUCGCUUUUCCACUUUUCCUUCAGACUCACUGUAUCACUGACUGUCAUCUUUCACAUCAGUCGUAUCGUCUCAUCAGAGUCUUUAUUUUAUAGUAAAAGUCAUAACCAGCUGAACGAACCACACGAUGAGACAUUAAUCAGCUGUAAAGAUUUAAAUUGUCCUGUAGUGUUCAGUUUGCCUCCAUGUGCACACCUGAAAACAUGGAUCUUAUCUGCUGAGAGGUGAACAGCAUUGUGGGUAAUGUGUAAAAGUUUUAAACUGCAAAAAUAAAAUGUACUUUUUGAAUUUCACUGUAAAAUUAAUGUUGGAUGUCACUAAAAUGUCACAUGGUUUAAUAAUAAUAAUAAUAAUAAUACAUGUGCAAGUUGUUUCCACAUGUAAUCAUGAAAUACAUUAAAUCUGCAGAUUUCUGAGUUUCUUCUUUGA